AUGGUUUUCGCCGAUCUUUCAUGCAGCUAUAUAGAUCUCAUCUCGAAACCUGCUUAUAGAGCUUUGUUUGACUCGGAUGCAAAAUCAACAAACGAAGUGAUGCUUCGACAGUUCAAGAAGUGGGUGAAAAAGUGGAUUAAGUCUCUUCUACAUUGUAGGCAUCAUGAAGCCGAUAUGAGGACAGGAAGGGCAACUUACUGGCAACUUACAACUCUUCAAGCAUUUUGUCCUGUUGUACAGAUUCUUUUGGGGGAUAUUGCAGCAGCUAAUCUAAGACAUUGUGAGUUUUUUCACGUAUGGAAAAAAAAAAAUUGGAGUACCUCCAGAAAGGUAUUUGUUGGAUCAUCAGAUCAUUCAUCCCAAAGAAAGCUUCAAGAUUAUGACUUCAACUUCACAAAGACUAUUAUUUGCUGUGACAACACCAUUGUCAUCCAGAUGAAUCAAAAUCAUGUGAAACACUCUAAGUCUAAGCACAUCGACAUCCGUGAUCAUUUCAUCAGGGAUAUAGUUCAAAAGGGCAAAGUGAAAUUAUUCUACGUUCCAUCCACCACUCAAUUGGCUAACAUUUUCACUAAGCCAUUAGAUGAGAAGACCCUGAAUAAAUUGAUUGCUGAUCUCGACAUGAUUUCAAUGACUUAA